AUGGUCUGCUCCCAGGUGUCUACGAUCAUCCUGCACGAAGACUUCAACAUCCGCAAUUAUGACUCGACCAUUGCCCUAGUGAGACUGACUGAGCCGGCAAUUUUAACCGACCGAGUGCAGAUAGUAUGUCUCCCAACUGGAUUUGAUCUAUCGCAACAAAACCUCGAAAAUGGAAAGCAAGGAUGGGUGGCUGGUUGGGGUUAUGAUGAAUCUGAUAUCCUCAGUGAGGAGCUGACGGAAGUGGAGAUCCCUGUUUUAUCCAAUCACAAAUGCAUUCUGGACACAAUUCAUUUUAUAGGCGACCCAAGCCCGGCUAGAACCCUCACGUCGAACAUGUUUUGUGCAGGGUACGUCUUGGAAACUUCUUUUGAAGAUUACAAAACGGUGUGUCGUGGGGAUUCGGGUAGUCCAAUGGUGUUUUUCUCGGCGAGACGCUGGCAUGUAGAAGGAAUCGUGAGUCACUCUCUAUUCGACCAACCUUGCUCCAUGAGGCGCCCAGGCCAGUAUACCAUUUUCACCAAAGUCAAU